GGCUCACUUUCGCCAGCAAGGAGCCAGCAGGAGGAGAAGGCAGUGAAUAGCCCACCAGCCAGCUGAAAGGGACUCGAGAGACGGGUACAGGAGCUCCCAGGAGGCCCCCUCCCCAGCGGGCUGCCAUGGGUCCCUGGGGCACCCUUCUUCUCCUGCUGCUGCUCCUGGGCGGCUGCUCUUCUCAAGAGGAGAGGGUAGAAAACCAGAGACCGACCUGUCCAAGAGAUACUACCCGCUUCAAGCACCUCCGAAAAUAUGUAUACAGCUACGAAGCUGAGAGUGCCAACAGUGUAGCUGGCACUGCAGACUCUCGCAGCGCCACGAGAAUCAACUGCAAGGUGGAACUGGAGGUCCCCCAGCUGUGCAGCUUCAUCCUGAAGAUGAACCGAUGCACGCUGAAGGAGGUGUACGGCUUCGACCCGGAUGGCAAAGCCCUGCUGAGGAAGACGAAGAACUCGGACGAAUUCGCCGCUGCCAUGUCCAGGUAUGAGCUCCGGCUCAGCAUCCCCGAUGGGAAGCAGGUGCUCCUGUACCCCGAGAAGGGGGAACCGACACACAUUCUCAACAUCAAGAGAGGCGUGGUCUCUGCACUGCUGGUGCCCAUGGACACAGAGGAGGACCGGCGGCUGCUGGCCCUGGACACUGUGUACGGGAACUGCUCCAGUGAUGUCACAGUCCGGGCAAGGAAAGGAAAUGUUGCAACUGAAGUAUUGAUCAACAGAAACCUGGAAAAAUGUGAUGGAUUCAAGCCCAUCAGUAAGGCUGCUAGUCCAAUUGCCCUCAUCAAAGGCCUGGGUGGCCCCUUGUCAAAGCUGCUCAGCAGCCAACAGGAGUGUGCGUACACUCUGGACCCUCGGAAGAAGCACGUGCUGGAAGCCGUCUGCAAGGAGCAGCACCUCUUUCUGCCCUUCUCCUACAAGAAUCAGUAUGGCAUGAUGGCCCAUAUCACACAGACCCUGAAACUUGAAGACACCCCCAAGAUCAAUAGCCGCUUCUUUGAUGAAGGUGCUCUUGAGAAGAGAGGCCUUACCUUGGAGAGUGCAGAGGCUACAGCCCCCACCAAGGAGGGAGGGGAGGUGGUUCUGAAGACCCUUGAGGAGCUGCAGAAGCUGUCAGCCUUGGAGCAGAAUGAGCAUCGAGCCAAGCUCUUCAGCAGGCUGGUUACUGGCCUGAGGGCCCUCAAUGAAGAGGCCUUCACUUCCCUGUGGCCCAAGCUUCUGGAAGUCUCGAGCCCCCUUGCCCUGCAGGCCCUGGUGCAGUGUGGACAGCCCCAGUGCUACUCACACAUCCUGCACUGGCUGAAAACUGAGAAAGUCAACCCUUUGGUGAUUGAGGCAGCCUCCUACAUCAUGGCGCUGAUUCCCAACCCCUCCGCCCAGAGGCUGCGGGAGAUCUUCAGAGUGGCCCAGGAACGGCCAAGCCGCAUCACUCUCUAUGCCCUGAGCCAUGUGGUGAACAAAUUCCACCGACAGACGGAGACGGUGUCACAGCAGCUGAAGGAGGUCGCUGACUACCUAAUCUCCCAGCUUGGGAAUGAGUGUUCGGGCAGUGAGGAAGCUACCUACCUCACCCUCAGGGUCAUCGGCAACAUGGGCAGAACCUUGGAGGAGGUGAGUCCACAGCUGAAGGCUUCCCUUCUGAAAUGCAUCCAGAGUCCCACGCCCUCCCUCUCCGUGCAGAAAGCUGCGAUCCAGGCCCUCCGGAAGAUGGAGCUGACCGAGGAGGUGCACAGCGUCCUUCUCCAGACCUUCCUGGACAGCGCCUCCCCCGAAGAGAAGCGGCUGGCCGCCUACCUCCUGCUGAUGAGGCAGCCCACCCGCCACGCCGUCCACCACGUGAUCCCCACCCUGCAGACUGAGAAGAACGAGCAAGUGAGGAGCUUCGUGGCAUCUCACAUCGCCAACAUCCUGGUCUCUGAGGACCCGAGUGUACAAGACCUCAGAAGCCUGGUGAAAGAGGCUCUCCAGAACUCCCAGCUCCCCACAGCCAUGGACUUCAGGAGGUUUUCUCAGAACUAUCAGUUCUCCAAGGCUUUUUCUAUCCCCCUCUUCGGUCCCUUCUCUGCCAAGGUAGAAGGGAACCUUCUGUUUGACCCCCACAAUUACCUGCCUAAGGAGACCAUGCUGAAAACCACGCUUUCUGUCUUUGGCUUCCAUCCCACUGACCUCUUCGAGGUCGGCCUGGAGGGGAAAGGCUACGAGCCCACCCUGGAGGCACUCUUUGGAAAGCAGGGCUUCUUCCCCGACAGCGCAACCAAAGCCUUGUACUGGGUGGACAGCCGAGUUCCUGACCCAGUCUCGAAGGUCUUAGUGGACCACUUUGGCUACACCAAGGAAGAGAAGAGGGAUCAGGAUAUGGUGAAUGGACUCAUGCUCAGUUUUCAGAAGCUUAUCAAAGAUUUGGGGUCCAGGGAAGCCCCCGAGGCCCAGGCUUACCUGCGCGUUCUGGGCGAGGAGCUGGGCUAUGUCAGGCUGGAGGACUUCCAGGUCUUGGGCACGGCGCUGCUCAGGAUGGUGAAGUCCUUGCGGGACCUUCCUCAGCUGAUUGCUGAGGCCCUCACCAAAGGCUCCAAGAAUGACCUCUUUGUUCACUAUAUCUUCAUGGAAAACACCAUUGAAUUCCCCACCGGAGUCGGGCUGCCGCUCCAGCUGUCCACAUCUGGCCUGGUCACCCCUGGAGUCAUGGCUGGGAUGAAGCUACAAGUGGCUAAUAGGCAGGCAGAGCUGGUGGCCAAGCCCUCAGUGUCUGUGGAGUUUGUGACCCACCUCGGGGUCAUCGUCCCAGACUUUGCCUGGAGUGGGGUCCAGAUGAACUCCAACCUCUACCAUGAAUCUGGCCUGGAGGCUCGCGUGGCUCUGACCAAGGGCCAACUCAAGUUUGCCAUCCCCGCUCCCAAGAACCGGGUCAAGCUCUUCAAAGCCAGUAACACCCUCCACCUAGUCUCCACCACUACAUACUCCAAGGUGAUCCCGCCCUUGAUCGAGAACAGGAAAUCCUGGUCCGACUGCAGACCCCUCUUCAGGGGCCUCAACUAUUGCUCCACUCUGGCUUACUCCAAUGCCAGCUCCAUCGAGGAGGCCCCCUACUACCCGCUCACCGGGGACUCCAGGUUUGAACUGGAGCUCCAGCCUACAGGGGAAGUAGAGGAGUACACUGCGUGUGUGAAUUAUGAGCUGCAAGGGGGAGGGAGGGACUUAGUAGAUCAACUGAGGUUCGCUGUGCAGGCAGAAGGACCAAUGCCCAGUGAGGCCACGCUGACGUUCAAAUACCACCGAAGCCGCAUGGCCUUGACCAGCGACCUCCAGGUGCCGGACUUGGAGGUGGACCUCAGUACCAGCCUGAGAAUCCGUGAUCAGUCAGAUGAGGAGAAUGUGUUCUACAGCCUCACCUUGGAUGUCCAGGACAGGAAGACCACGGAAGCCACCUUUACCGGACAUAUCAGGUGUGACCGGAAGGAGCAGGGCACAGUGGGCGUUGUGCUCUCGGUGCCCCUCCUACAGGCCGAGGCCAGGAGCGAGACCCUGGUGCACUGGUCCUCCGAGAAGCUUCUGAUUCAGAUGGACAGCUCCGCAACUGCCCUGGGCACCACCGUCUCCAAGAAAGUGGCAUGGCGUUAUGAUGAGAAGAAGCUUGAAUUUGAAUGGAAUAUGGGCACUAACACGGAGACCAAAAAGUUGGCAUCCAGAGUCCUCACGGAGGUCUCCAGGUAUGGAGGGAGCUUGCCCCAGUACUCACAGGACUGGCUGGACCGCAAGGUCGCCCACACGGACAUGACCAUUCGCCACGUCGGCUCCAAAUUGAUAGCGGCAACCAACACGUGGUUUCAGAAGGCGUCCCAGGGCCUUCCUUAUGGGGAGACUCUGCAGAGGAAGCUCCAAAGCCUGCAGGAAUGGGAAAUGCCAGAGUUCCAGCUCCCUGACAACCUGUUCCUGAAAAGUGACGGCCGGAUCAGAUACACGCUGAACAAGAAUCACAUGGAGGUCGAGAUUCCUUUGCUUUUUGCUGGGAAGUCACUGGAGCAGCUUCAGCUGAGCCAAGUGAUCCAGACGCCGGCUGUGGACCUCCAGGCCAUUGGGCUCCAGUGGCCGGUGAGGGAGUUCAGGCUGCCGCCACUGACCAUCCCCAAGUCCUACACCCUCCGGGUGCCCCUCCUGGGCGUCCUGGCACUCUCCACCAACGUCUACAGCAACCUCUACAACUGGUCGGCUUCCUACACUGGUGGAAACACCACAGCCAACACGGCCCAGCAUGUCAGCUUCCAGUCCCGGUAUCACAUGAAAGCCGACUCAGCCCUCAGUCUCUUCUCCUACAGUCUGCAAGGAUCCGGAGAAACAACUUAUGACUAUGGGAACACGUUUACUUUAUCCUGUGAUGGAUCUCUGCACCACAAAUUUCUGGAUUCAAAUUUCAAGCUCAGCCAUGUAGAAAAAUUUGGGAAUAAUCCAGCUUCCAAAGGCUUCCUAACAUUUGACGCUUCCAGUGGCUUGGGGCCACAAGUGUCCUUUUCAGUCCACUUAGAUUCAAAAAGGAAGCUUCAUUUGUAUGUCAAAGAAAUCAAAGCAGAUGGUCAGCUCCGGGCUUCUUCCUUCCACACUAAGAGCACAUAUGCCUUGUCCUACCAGAGAGAUGUCAGCACAGGCCAGAUCAGUGGAGAAUCCAAUCUGAGGCUGGACUCCUCCUUCUUCCAGGCCACCAACCAGGUGACAGGCAGGUACGGGGAUGGAAGUCUCUCUGUCACCUCUGUCUCCAACCUGCAAGAUGGCACUGUAAAAAACACGGCUUCCUUGACAUAUGAAAACAACCAACUGACUCUGAAAUCAGAUACCACCGGAAAGUACUCAGACCUUGUGGCUGCCCACAAGCUGGACCUGACCUUGGCGCGGCAGAGUGCUCUGCUCAGAUCUGAGUACCAGAUUGAUUUCCAGACCCUGAAGGUCUUCACCCUGCUCUCAGGGUCCCUCAAUUCCCGUGGCCUUGAAUUAAAUGCUGACCUCCUGGGCACAGAUCAAAGUAGCAGCGGAGCUCACAAGGCGACUCUAAGGAUUGGACAAGACGGUGUGUCGACCAGCGCCACCACCAACCUCAAGAUCCUUCCGCUGAUGUUUGAGAAUGAGCUGAAUGGUGGCCUGGGACCUCUGGGAGCAUCCUUGAAGGUGACAACAAAUGCACGCUACCAGGAACACAGUGCCAAAUACACUCUGGACGGAAAGGUGGCUCUCACAGAGGUGGCCCUGGGAAGCGUGUACCAGGCCACAAUUCUUGGCACGGACAGCAAAAACAUCUUCAACUUCAGAAUUAACAAAGAGGGGCUGACAUUGUCAAAUGACAUGAUGGGGGCCUAUAAAGAGACCAAGCUGGAGCAUGUGAACAGCCUGGUGAUUGCUGAGUGGUCCUUGGAUUUCACCUCAAAAAUGGAGAACGUACUAAGCCAAAACAAACUCUAUCAACAGAGCCUCAAUCUCCAGCUUCAGCCUUACUCCCUCUCAGCUACCUUGAACAACAACCUCAGGUACGGUGCCCUGGAUCUUGCCAACACAGGAAAGUUGAGGCUGGAGCCGCUAAAGCUAAGUGUGGCGGGCAACAUGAAAGGCACCUAUGGGAACGAGGAGAUCAAGCACAUCUACACCCUGACGUACGCCGGCUUGUCUGCAAGUUACAAAAUGGACACCGAGGGCAAGGUGUGGGGCGCGGAGCUGACCCACCGCCUCAGCGCCAACCUCGCUGGGCUGGCUUCCUCCAUUGACAUCAACACCGCCUACAACUCAGAGUCCCUGCGUUUCAGCAACGUCUUCCACGCCAUGAUGGAGCCGUUCAUGUUGGCCGUGGAUGCUCACGCCACGGGUAAUGGACACCUGGUUCUGGGGGGGACGCACACUGGUCAGCUCUACAGCAAACUCCUGCUGAAAGCGGAGCCUCUGGCACUCACAUUCUCCCACGACUACAAAGCAUCUUCAGGACACCAGCUACGUUCCCAGAGGAGCAUCGAGACCACGCUGGAGCACAAAGUCAACGCCCUAUUCAUUCCAGCUGAGCAGUCCAGCACCUGGAAGCUCAAGGCCCUGGCCAACAAAAAUGAGUAUAACCAUGACCUCCAGGCCUACAACACCAAGGAAAGAGCAGGUGUGGAGCUCAGGGCUGGGGCUGCAGCUGACCUCACUGUGCUCGAUUCACCCAUCGAGCUGCCAUCUUUGUUCAAUGAUCCCAUUAACAUCAUCGAUGCAUUUGACUUGAGGACAGCUGCUGACAAGCCUCAGGAAUUCAGUUUGACCGGUAGCAUCAAGUACGACAAGAACUUGAACGUUCACGUGCUCAACCUUCCAUUCCUGGAGAGCCUGCCAGCUUCUUUUGAGAAGGUCCGAGGGGCUGUUGUGGCCACCCUCCAGAGCUUCCAGCAGUACCUGAAAAGCAUCAACGUUGACCACUAUGUGAAGCAGUAUCGAACCGCCUUGGAUAAGCUCCCACACCUGGUCAACGACCUUCUCGUUCACUUUGAUUUGGAAGGACAAGUUACAAAUGCAAAAGAGAAACUAAUCGCUUUUAUGGAAAAUUACAAGAUAAGAGUCGACGAUCUGCAAAUUUCACUGGCUAAUGCCAAAGUCAGCCUCAAUGAAACCGGAUCUCAGUUACAGACUUACUUGAUACAAUUUGAUCAGUAUAUUAAAGAUAAUUAUGACCUACAUAAAUUAAAAGAAUCUAUUAUAGAACUAAUUAAGAAAUUAAAAGUUUUUGAGGAAAAUUAUAAAAUCCGUUAUCAUGUGAUGAGAUCAAUCCAAGAUGUAUAUGAAUUUCUUGAAAAAAUCAAUGUAAAUAAAAUCCGCCUCAUGGUCUGGCUUCAAGCUCAGAUCCUUGAGAAGCUGCAGCAGCUGAACCAGCAGAUUCAGAAUAUUGAUUUCCAGUACUGGGCUGAUUGGCUGACAGGGCGAGUUGAGGACAUCGAUGUCAGAGUGUAUUUGGAAUUCUUGAGAACAUCAUUGCCGAUCCAAGAAUUAAACAAUAUAGUUGAGUAUAUCAAUGAGAUUGUCAUGAAUCUUUUAGAAGAUUAUGAGGUGACUGAGAAGAUCAAUGCUUUUCGAGCUAAAAUCCAUGAGCUCAUUCUGAAGUACGAGGUACACAAACAGGUCCAGGUCCUACUGGACAAAUUAGUCCAACUGGCCAACCAAUACAAGCUGAGAGAAACCACUCAGAAACUGACCAACUCCUUGAAAAACAUGGAAAUCAAAGCCUACUUUGAGAAACUGCGUACUCUUGUUGAUAAGGCCAUCAAGAAAGCCCAGACAGCUAAAUUUGAGCAACUUAUUGAUGAGGUGAACAAAUUCCUUGACCUCUUGGUAAAGAUGCUGCAGUCUUUUGAUUACAACCAGUUUGUGGAUGAAGCCAACAAGACAAUCCAUGAGCUGAUCCAGAAUAUCAAUGAAGAAAUCCAGGCUCUGGAGCUUCCACAGAAAAUCGAGGCCACCAAAUUGUACAUCACAGAGGUCAGAGCCAUGCUUGCCGACUACCUGGACAAGAUCAAAGACACCCAGCUUACAGUGAUUGCCGACUGGUUCUGGGAUGUCAUGAGCUCUGCUUCUGUAAUUGACAUUAAAGGGAGAUUUCAGGAAAUCCUCGAAGACAUACGGGACCGAUUAUACAAACUGGACAUUCAGAAGGAAAUCCAUCAUGGCCUACAAACCAUCAGCCAGGUUUACAACACCCUUGUCACCUAUGUCUGGGACUGGUGGAUGCUGAUCGCCAAAGAGCUAACUGACUUUGCUGAGCAGUACCACGUCAAAGACUGGGCUGAGAGCAUGAAAAGGCUGGUAGAGCAUGGCUUUACUGUCCCUGAGAUCAAAACGGCCCUAGGCACCCUGCCUGCCUUUGAGGUCAGUCUCCGAGCUCUACAAGAAGCCACCUUCCAGACUCCUGAUUUCAUGGUUCCCCUGACAGACUUAAGGAUACCUUCUACUCAGAUCAACAUAAAGAAAUUGAAAGAAAUGAGGGUUGCAUCCCAGUUUACCACCCCAGAAUUUUCCAUCCUCAACACCUUCAUGGUUCCUUCCUUUACAAUUGACCUCAUAGAAAUCAAACUCAAGAUCAUUAGGACCAUUGACCAGCUCAUGUCCAGUGAAUUCCGGUGGCCCUUGCCAGAAAUCUCUUUGCAGGAUUUGAAGGUGAAAGAUACACUUCUCGCCGCACUCACCUUACCAGACUUCCAUCUCCCAGAGGUGACCAUCCCAGAAAUUGUGAUUCCAAAGCUCAGCCUAAAUGAAUUUCAGGUUCCUGAUAUUCAGAUCCCAGAAUUUCAACUCCCCCAUAUCCCCCACACAGUCGUCAUCCCAACCUUUGGCAAAGUAUCCGCUGCUUUAAAAAUCACAUCUCCCUUUUUCACCCUGAAUGCCAGUGGGUUCAUUGAGAACACAACGACCUCAGAAAGGAGCCCAGAGAUUUUGGCCUCCAUGACCGCUGAAGGACAAUCCCCAGUGGACCUCCUGGAUUUCACUUUUCAAGCUGAUGCACACCUCUCAGCUCCUGAAAUGGAAAGGCUGGUUUUGAAGGAAUCUCUAGAGUUAUCCAGCAAGUACCUCAAGGCGGAGCAUGACAGCGAGGUGGUGUUUUUGAGAGCCUCCAUCCUUGGCAAAGUGAAUACUCUGGCCAGCAUUCACACGGACAAGAACACCAUGGAGCUGGGUAACAGCCUGUCUCUCAAGCUAGAGAAGCAGGUGACCUUGGACAGCAACACAAAAUACUCUCACAAACUGAACCUUCCCCAAGCAGACUUCUCAAGCCAGAUGGACCUUGGCCAGGAGCUGAGGAUGCUGCUGGUUCUGGGGCGCGUGGCAGUUACUUCCGCCGGGACAGGGUCAUGGAAAUGGGCCUUCCCCCACUUCUCAGAUGAGGGCACGCAUGAGUCCCUGCUCAGGUUCACUGUGCAAGGACCAGUAGCUUCAUUGGACAUGUCCAAUACCAUCAACAGCAAACACAUAAAAGUGAACCAAAAACUGGCCUCUGAAUCUGGCCUCCUCAAUUUUGCCAAAUUUGAAAUCCAGUCGGAAGUUCAGUCCCAGGACGUGGGCCAGAGCAUUUUGAACAUUCAAGGCUCGGCGACACUGGGAGAGAUGAAGGCAGAGCUCAGAGGGACCCACGACGCUAACUUAAACGGGAGAGUUACCGGAACCUUGAAAAACUCUCUGUUCCUUGUGGUGCAGCCGUUUGAGGUUGGUGCAGAAGUGAACAAUGAAGGAAACGUGAAGGUGAGCUUUCCCCUGAAGCUGACUGGAAAGAUCGAUUUCCUCAACAAUUAUGCCCUGGUCCUGAGCUGUGACAUGCAACAAGUCAGCUGGCAAUCAGGUGCCAGGUUCAAUCAGUACAGAUACAGCCAGAAUUUCUCUGCAGGGAACAACGAGAACAGCCUGGAAGCUCACGUGAGCAUUAACGGGGAAGCCAAUCUGGAUUUCUUAAAUGUUCCUCUCACAAUUCCUGAAAUGACUCUACCUUAUACCAUGGUCACGACUCCCCCGCUGAGAGACUUCUCCUUGUGGGAGAGGACAGGCUUGAAGGACUUCCUAAAGACCACCAAGCAGUCCUUUGACUUGAGUGUCAAUGCUCAGUACAAAAAGAACAGAGACAGCCAUUCCAUCCCAUUCCCCCUCAGAGCGGUCUAUGAUGCCCUCAGUCCAAAUAUCGACACUCUCCAUCAGCACUUUGAGAAAGGCAGGAACAAGACACUGGAUUUCCUAACAAAGUCAUACAAUGAAGCGAAGGUCAAGUUUGAAAAGUACGAAAUGGAAGCCUCCCUCAACAAGCUCCCUAGAACGUUGAGGAUUCCGGGCUACUACAUCCCCGUGCUCAACAUUGAGGUCUCUCCAUUCGUGGCAGAGAUGCCAGCAUUUGGCUACAUGGUGCCCAAGGAGAUGAGCACCCCUCCUUUCACCAUCCCUGGCAUUGGCUUCUCCUUGCCAUCUUACACCCUCGUCCUGCCAUCCCUUGAGUUCCCAGUCCUCCACGUGCCUGCAAGCCUCCAAAAGCUCAGCCUCCCAGCCUUCAGGAUUCUUCAGCCAUCAGACCACAUCCUGAUCCCAGCCGUGGGCAACCUCACCUACAAUUUUUCCUUCAAGUCAAGCGUUAUCACACUGAGCACAAAUGUGGGCCUGUACAAUCAGUCAGAUAUCGUGGCUCAUUUCAGGUCGUCUUCCUUCUCUGUCAUUGACGCUUUACAGUAUAAGUUAGAUGGGACAACUAGUUUGACCAGGAAAAGGGGCCUGAAACUAGCCACUGCUUUCUCCCUGACUAACAAAUUUGUGGAGGGGAAUCAUGACAGUACCAUCAGCCUGACCAAGAGGAACAUGGAAGCCUCUGUGACCACCAUGGCCAGAAUCCAGUGCCCUGUCCUGAGAGCAAAUUUCCAUCAGGAGCUUACCGGGAACACAAAGUCCAAGCCCACCAUCUCUUCCGCCAUCAAGCUCAAGUAUGACUUCACCUCUGCCCGGUUGCACAGCAGCGCCAAAGGGGCCGUAGACCACCGGCUCACCAUGGAAAGCUUUGCCCCUUAUUUGUCCAUUGAGACAGACACUAAAGGCAGCAUGAGCGGCUCAGUCCUUUCCCAAAAGUAUUCUGGGGCCAUCUCCAGUGAGGCCAGCUCCUACUUGGACACCAAGAGCAUGCGCUCUUCAAUGAAGCUCGAAGGGGCCUCCAAAGUGGACGGCUUCUGGAACAUGGAGUUGAAGGAAAACUUUGCUGGGGAAGCUUCUGUCGGGCACAUUUACACAGUCUGGGAACACAACGGGAAAAACCAUUUACAGCUGAGGAGGGGGUUUUCAACAAGUGGGGAGCAGAAUAGCAAAGUGACAUUAGAGUUGGCCCCAUGGACAGCAUCCACUGUGAUUCAGGUGCAAGCCAGCCAGCCCAGCUCUCUCUUCAAGAAGGCCUCCCUUGGCCAGGUGGUGACCCUGACUGCCAGCCUCAAGGAUCAGCGGGUCAGCUGGAAAGGCGAGGGCCACAUUCAGACAGCAUCCCUCAGUCACAACAUCCAGCUGUCUAAUGACCCAUCCGAAAUCCGUCUGGACAUAGCCAGCUCCUUAGAAGGCUACAUGUCCUUCCUGAAAGACACUCUCCUGCCAGUUUAUGACAGCAGUCUGUGGGACAUGUUGAAGCUGGACGUGACCACCCAUGCCGACAGGAAACAGUACCUCCAUAUUUCCAGCGCCCUUGUUUAUACCAAAAACCACACUGGCUACCAGUAUUUUAUCCCUGUGACAGAAAUGGCCGAUGAAUUCAUCAUCUCUGGACCAGAACUGAAGUCUCUGGUCACACCAUCCUCCAGCCUUGAGAGUAGCUACAUAAGAUUAGCCAAGAAGACCAGCAUGGCACCAUUUGCCCUCAGUUUACCAUUGCUGCCCCAAGUAAAAUUCCCCAGAGUGGAAGUGUCCACAGAGUACUCUACAUCAGAAGGGUCUACACUUCCCUUCUUUGGGGUGACUGUGCCUGAGUUCCAGGUAACACUGUCUCCAUUCACUCUUCCCAAAAAGCUUUCCCUUGCUGGGGCCAUCCUGGAUCUAAAUGAGGGGGCUAACAAAAUUGCAGACUUUGACCUGCCAAGCGUCACCAUGUCUGAGCAGAGCAUCAGGAUUCCGACUCUGACCUUCUGGCUGCCCGCUGGAAUCUUCCUGCCUUCCUUUGGAGCACUGGCUGGAAACUUCCAAGCAGCGUCACCAGUCUACAACACGUCCUGGAGUGCCAGCCUGAAGAGGAAAGAAGACCGUGUGGAGACAACAGUCGAGGCCACGUGCAGCAGCACAGUGCAGCUGCUGGAGUAUGAUCUCAACUAUGGGGCCACAUAUGCCUUUGAAGACAAAGUCUUGGUGGGGAAGAUGUCGGGCACAUUUUCCCACAGGGAACUGAGCGCUGAGUAUGAAGACAGCUUUAGGGUUCGAGGUCUCAAAAUCUUGGAGGAAACCAAGACCUUCAAAGUCACCAGCCCCACAUUCACCAACGUCCUCAUGAACUACCACCAAGACAGAGACAACUUCUCCCUGACCAUCUCCUCUCCACCCAUUGGCACCCUGGGCCUGGAUUUCCAGGGAAGCCCCCAAGUUCUCCAAGGAAAGACGUACUACCAACCCCAGGUCUCUCCUGAAAGGAAGCUGGACCUGGUGGAGAUGGUGCUGUCAGAGCCGGACCCUGGGGCCCUUCAGCUCAGCAUGAACUGGAAUGAGGAGACGGCCUCUGAGUUGGUGCAGACCCUGAGAGCCACCUUGCCCCAUGCAGCAGAGACUCUCUACCGCUAUGUGGACAAGUGUCACCAGGAGCAGACCGGCCUGGACAUUGGCAGCGCCUCCGGCAAGCUGUGGAGACUCCUCCAGAAGAGAGCCGACGAAGCUUACGGCCGGGCCCUGAACCGGAUAGACGAGGCAGACUCGGGGCUGCGUGGGGCCGUCCAGCAGUGGGAGGAGAGCGCCCAGCGCCUCUACUGGGAGGAGCAGGCCGACUUCUGGGACCUCAAGAACAAGGCCUUCGACAGGGCCCUGGGGCUCACACAAGAAUAUCACAAGAAAACCCUGCUGCUGCUGGACUCUGGCGCUGAGCUGCUGAAGGUCAAUCGCUUCCAGCUGCCGGGGCAGGCCGAUGGGUACACGGGAGAUGAGCUCUGCUCCGUGGUCCUGCGCGAGGCUGGGAGGGCCUUGUCCCGGGCUUACUCCACAGUCCAUCGAGCCGUAGAGGCACUGAUUUCCUACGUCAAGGACCUGGAUGAGAAGGCAGCCUUCCUGGACCUCCAAAAGCGGCUUGUGGAGCUUAGAGAGAGUCUGGAGGGUUUUUCCGAGAAUGUUCAACGCAGACUCAACCGGCUUCCGUCAGCCAAAUUUUCAGACAUUCUGAUUUCUCUGCAGUCAUUCACUGACCACGUUUUCCAACAGGUAGAAGAAAGCAUUACAAUUGUAAAGGAGAAGACAUUUGCUUCUCUCAAAAAUGAAUUCCUGGACAUGGUUGGCCUCCUUUCCAAUCUCACCCCAAGGGUACUUAUGUACCUGAGAGAAAAUCUCAGGAAUCUGAAUUCAUUUCUUCUGACCCAGUUUCAAGAAAUUUCUAGAAAACUCAGCCAGUUCCAUGACUACGUCAAGACUCUUCGGGAAGAAUAUUUCGAUCCAAACAUCAUUGGAUGGACAGUGAAAUACUAUGAAAUCGAAGACAAGUUAAUCAAUUUGGCCGGAAAAAUCAUUGAUGCCCUGAAGGAUUUCUACUCUAAAACCUUUGAGAGCUUUCUCACCCAGGCUGCCAAACUGACAGAUGAAGUGGAAAAGCUCUCCCACACAGAUGUCCAGAAGUACCUCGACCUCCUCCGCGAUGCUGACGGAAAAGAAAGGCUCCAUGAGGCCUCGAUGGCGGCCCAGGAAAGGAUCAGCCAGUGGGCCGCAGCAGCCAAGAGGAAGGCGGCCGAACAUCGCGAGCAGCUCCUGGUCCAGCUGCAAGGCACCUCUGACGGGCUCUCUCAGGCUCUCCAGUGGGCCACUGACAAGGCUGUGAGGCUCAUCAGCCUUUCUGUCCGAGGCUGCCACGCGCUCCUCAAGUAUGUGGCAGAGCUCCUGCACAGCCUUCAGGGGGUGACAGCCAGCAGGCUGAACACCUACGUUCAAGUCCAUCCGGGGCAGCUGACGAUCAUGGUGCCCUACCAUUUUCACUAGCACUAAUUCACAAACUAAAGGGCGAUGUACUUAAGGAAAACUUCCAAGGAUGUACGCGAGACAGCUCCAAAAAGAAGGAAGACCUGGAGAGAGUCACUGAUCGGCCCCUUGCCAACAGCUGACUCACUGGGCAGCUGAUUGCUGAGUAGAUGAAGAAACAAGUCGUGUUCUCAUAGUGCAUUCAAAGAUGGAGCCACUCACCCUGGGAGAGCUUGGAGUCUGUGAGCCUCCCCCUUCCAAACAACUCUCUUCAUCCAAGGGCGUAAAAUUGAAGGGUACGGAAUUGGAAUGGUUACAGGUGCUGAUAAUCAGGGUGUCUGAACUUGGUGGAAAUAUGGCUUUGUAAGAGGGGGAGGGAGAAUGAAAAUUAUGAUCUGAGUUAUUUUGCUGGACUUGGAAAAUACAAAUAAAUGAAUCGUUUAUUACAUCUUCUUAA